UCGUUAGUUAUUCCCAGUACUCAUCAUUAAUUCGUUACAAUAGUAAAACAAUCAACUAAACUAAAAAAGUUUUUUUUUUUAUUUUUAAAUUUCCAAAUUUUGAAAUAAUUAAAAAUGACUCAACCCGAAUGGUUAACUGCACAGUUUAUAGAACGUGUGUUAAGGAAUGCAGAUAAAGAUAAUUCAGUUUCUGUGACCAACAUUGUUGUAAAAAUUGCGACUAAUAAAGGUGAUAAUUACACCAGUGAAUUGUAUCGUGUUUUUUUUGAAUUAACGAAAAUUGAAUCUGAUCAUAAAGUAUCUAAACAAAGUACGCUUAUUGUAAAAGUACCUCAUACUACUGAAAAAAUACACAAAGAAUUAGUGGAAGAUGCUAAAAUAUGUGACAAAGAAAUAAAUAUGAUGACUUCGACUUUAAAAGAUAUGGAAUCAGCAUUGAAAGAUACUAAACUGAGUGGUAGAUGUUAUUAUACUAAAAAAAUAAAUCCUCCGAUAUUAGUUAUCGAAGACUUAACGCCAUUAGGUUUUCGUAUGGCUGAUCGUCAAGCACGUCUUGAUAUUCAACACUGCAUUUUGGCAUUACAAAGAUUAGCUAAAUUUCAUGCAAGUUCGGUAUUGGUUUGUGAAAAUACACCUAAGCAUAAGGAAUACUAUACUAAGGGAAUAUUUUGUGAAGGUUUUCCGCCUGAAUUAAUAAAAUUUUUCACAAAUGGAAUGAAAGCUAUUGGGAAGGUAGUUGAGUCAUGGCCAGAAUUAAGUAAAAAGUGUACAGAAAAACUUAAAAAGUUGUCUGAUACUGCUUAUUUUAAAGCAUGUGAAAUAGCGAAACUGAGAGAAUCUGAAUUCAAUGUAAUAAAUCAUGGUGACUUUUGGGUUAAUAAUAUGUUAUUUAAAUAUGAUGACCAAGGCAAUGUUAUAGACCAUAUUUUUGUUGAUUUUCAAGUUUGUGUUUAUGGAACGCCUGCUUUAGAUCUUCUGUAUUUUUUAAACACAAGUGUUUUGGAACAAAUAUUAAUAGACCGAAAAAAUUUUCUCAUUGAAGAAUACGUAAAAACUCUCUCUACAACAAUGAAAAAUAUUGGGUGUAAAACUUGUCCUCCUAGUAUUGAUUACAUAAAAAAAAUCUUAAUUGAAAAAGAAUUUAUCGGUUUUGUAAUAUCCUGCACUUGUCUUGCAGUCAUGCUGACUGAUAAAAGUGAAGCUCAAGGUCUUGAAGAAAUAAUGGGAACAGAUGAAACCGAAUUUAAUUCUAAUGCAUAUAAAAAUGAGGCUUAUAAAAAAAUAAUGGUACGGAGACUCCAAGAGUGGGAUGCGCGUGGAAUCUUUGAUUAAUAAUUACAUAGUUAUAUAAAUAGUAUAAAAAAUAUAUACAGAAUUUAAACGUCAAUAUAAAUUGAAAUAAAUGCAAUAAAGGUAUAUAUGCACACGCUAAUGUGCUAAACAUUAUUAUUUCAGAGUUAAUUUCAGCUCAUAGUUAAUUAUAGUGAUGUACAUAA